AAGCGGCCGCGUACGGCGAGCGAGGGGAGUCAAGAGAUUUGAACGCGCGCGGAAGGCGAUUGGCGACUGAGGCGGCGGCGGCGGCGGCGGUGGUGGCGGGGCGCGGUCUCUGGACCGUUCUCCUCUUAGUGUCGUUGCUAACAAACAAUUGAAUUUAAACGAGGAGGAGGAGGAGGCGGCGGCGGCAGCGACGACGGGGAGGGGGGUUGUUUUUUUGUUUGUUCGUUGUAUACACCCUCGUGCACCGAGUAUUCUUCACGCGUGUCGCUGGGUUGGUGGUGUUGGCGGCGGCGGCGUGGGGGAGCGUGGAUUACGCGGCGUUCGUAUCGGUUGGGAGCUCCCCGCUCGCCUCGCCUCGCCUCUCUCCGGCUUUUGGAAUUAUCACGAACCCCGUGCGGGGGUUGCGAGUUGUCGAAGGCGACGGGGGUCGAGGAUCCCUCCCCACCUCCCCCCCCCACUUACCCCCCCACCAUCCUCCCAACAACAACCGCAACCACCAACCAACCAACAACCCCCUGUUUGGAAUUCAUGCUGAAUUGUUGAUGAAGUAGCCUCGGAAGAAGCAUGAACCCACAGCAGCGAAUCGCGGCUCUGGGUACGGACAAAGAACUGAGUGACCUCCUCGACUUCAGUGCGAUGUUCUCUCCGCCGGUGAACUCGGGGAAGACUCGCCCCACCACCCUUGCGAGCAGCCAGUUCGCCGGAGCGGCUUGUGAAGAGAGGAGUGCCAGUGGCCCUUGGGCAGCCAGUGCCAAUCAGUCCAGCCCAAGCUUCGACUCGUCCAGGCAGACGUUCGCCGACGGGAGCCACUACGCGGAGCACGUCCCCGAGCGGGGCCUGGCCGCGCACGAAGCCAUGAGCAGCUCGGCCUUCAUCGGCUCCAGCAUGAUCGCAGGGAAAGCGGCGGCGGCAGCGGCGGCGGCGGCGGCGGCAGCGGCGGCGGCGGCGGCGGAGGAGCGGGGAUCGACGUUCUCCCCCUACAGCCGGGAGCCCAGCAGCAUCCAGUGCCACCCGCAGCAGCAGCCCCCCCUGCUGCCCCCCGAGCUGGCGCUGCAGAGCCCGGGGGGAGCCCUGUCCCCUCCCGCCAAGCCGGCCUCUCCGUACUACCAGUCCUACGGGGCAGGGAAUCCGCGUCGCCGGCCGCUACCGGAGCCUUCCCCCGCCGACGUUCAAAACAAGAAGGUGCGCAAGGUUCCUCCUGGUCUGCCAUCGUCGGUUUAUGCGCCGUCGCCAUCGCAGGACGACUACAACCGCGAGUCCCCGGGGUUCCCCCCGGCAAAGCCGGCCUCGAGCAUGUUCUCUGGGACGUACUUCAUGCAAGACGGGCCUCACGUUCCUAAUGAGCUGUGGCCCCCCACAAACGGGAUGAACCAUUCUGGCUAUGGAGGGGUCCUGGGGGGCCCCCCGGCGCACGUGGCGCAGUCAGCGGGGGGAUACGGCCCGGGGAUGCACCCCCACGAGCGGCUGUCGCAGGGAUACCCGGGCCGCUCGGUGUCUCCGGUCGACAUGAACCCCACCCUGCCGCCCAUGAGCAGCUUCCACAGGGGGGCGGGCGGUGGUGGCGGCGGCGGCGGCCCCUCCAUGCAGCAGGGCGGCCCCCCGUCCUCGUACGGCCCCGGCUCGGCGCGCACCCCCCCAAUCAACGGCUCCGACGCCAUCAUGGGUAACAGGCCGGGUGGGGCGAGCGGAAGCUCACAGACUGGCGACGCUCUGGGAAAAGCUCUGGCGUCGAUUUAUUCUCCCGACCACACCAACAGCAGCUUCCCAUCAAACCCCUCCACGCCCAUCGAGUCUCCCCCUCCACUCACCGUGGCCCCUGCUUCGUGGCAACGAGCUUCAUCUCAAGGACCGUCGUCUCCCAACUACGAGAGCUCUCUCCACACCCUGAAAAAUCGGAUUGAGCAGCAGCUGCAUGAGCACUUGCAAGAUGCUAUGUCUUUUCUAAAGGAUGUCUGCGAGCAGAGCAGGAUGGAGGAGCGGCUGGACCGAUUGGACGACGCCAUCCACGUGCUCCACCGCCACGCAGUGGGGACGCCGGGGCUGCCCGCGACCCACAGCGGCAUCCUCAACGGCCUCAUGGAGGGGCUGGCCGCGGGGGGAUACGGGCCCACGAGCGGUCUCGGCCCUGCAGUCAGUCGGCACACGAUGGGCGGGCCCCUUCGGGACGACGCGGCUGAGAUCCACGCGACCCUCGCGGCGCUCGCGGGCAGCAUGGCCGGCCCCGCUCCUCCGGCCGGCGCCAGCAAGAUCAGCCCCACGCCCGACUCCUACAGAGUGCUGGCAGCGCCCCCCGCGGCGGGCAAGGACGACUCCCAGGGGGCUCCCCCUCCGGGGCUCGUGUCGAGCCUCAGCACCAUCCUGUCCAGCGUCGUCGACGCGGAGCGGAACGAGAACGGUGGAGAGGAGGAGAGCGACCUCAUGGACGACCGCGGCUCGGAGGACGACCACAAGAACGACUCGCGCAGCAGCCGGACCAGCAACCACGAGGACGACGACGAGGACCUGACGCCCGAGCAGAAGGUGGAGCGGGAGCGUGACCGGCGCAUGGCGAACAACGCGCGCGAGCGUCUGCGCGUGCGCGACAUCAACGAGGCCUUCAAGGAGCUGGGCCGCAUGGUGCAGCUGCACCUCAACAGCGAGAAGCCGCAGACCAAGCUGCUCGUGCUACACCAGGCGGUCGCCGUCAUACUCAGCCUCGAGCAGCAAGUGCGAGAGCGCAACCUGAACCCGAAGGCGGCCUGCCUCAAGCGGCGAGAAGAGGAGAAGGUGUCGGGGAUGGGGGGCGGCGGCGGUGGUGGUGGGGUCGGCGAGCCGACUCACCCCGGCCUCAACGACCAGAACCCCCUGGGCCAGCUCUGAAGCCGCCAGAUGGCACUGCCUACCAGUUCUAACCGAUGCCACUCUGAAAGUUUGCCAAACUUCACAAAUGGAUGUCUUUAGUGUGCAAAAACGCCACUGACCUAUUUCCGUAUUAAUAUAAUAACAAUUUUUUUUAUCGUAAGGGAAAGGGUGGGUGGGUGGCGUGUGGGGGUGGUGGAGGGAGAAACAAAUGGGAGAAAUUUAAAAACAAAUGGUUUUUCAAAAGUUAAAAGUGGGACAAAAGUAUCCAGCAAAAACUUUCAACAACAUAUCAAGAGCCUACGGCAGGGGAUAUCAGAUCUGGCAAGGAUGUCGACGGUCGGCGGAAAGGGGAAUGGCAAUGCAACGUAAACCAAUAACGAUAGACUCACCAACCACCACCACGACGACCACGACGACCACGACGACAAAGGGAUAAAACACAAAAGCAACAGCAUCCGCACUCUUUAGUGUGGACAAUUUCAUCGUGCCUAAACCAUGUUUGCUAAUUAACGUUUAAAAAAAAGAAAGAAAAAGUUGACAAGAUAUAUUUAUUUAUUACAACUCAAAAUAAAAAAAAAGACUAAAAAAAUUUACAAGUAGCAAAACCGUUUUUUAAAACUAUUUUGGAUAAUGUUGUUGUUGUGCAGACUGCAAACGUAUUUUAUCCAAGCAUUCCUUGGGUAUCGGACGUUGUCUUAAGGUUUAACAGACACAGUGCUUGUUUCGGGUGGUAUCCGAUGGUUUUGAUAAUGAUGGUGGUGGCUGUGCGUGUGUGUGCGCGCGAGUGUGUGCGUGCGUGCGCGUGCGUGAGUGCGAGUGUGUGCGUGCGUGAGUGCGAGUGUGUGCGGGCGUGUGUUGGAGUGCGUGCAUGCGUUCUGCGAGCGCUCGCCUCGUGCCACGUGUUUGGUUUCGGAGCCACUCGAGGGCCCCCGCCGCCGCGGUGGGCUGACUUGGUUAAAAACGCCACCUCUGGGGAGGAAUUCGACCGAAACCUCCCCCCCCCCCCCCACGGUUCACGCUGUCACCAUCCACGCGACCCGAGCGCCGUUUUGUUCAUUCUGCUGAACUACGUUGCGCGGUGCUCUCUUUUUGUUUGUUUUUCUUUAUUCCUUCUGCGGUUGAGGCGGUCGCUGGAACCGAACGUCGUCUCUCUUGCAAAAAGCCCGACGGCCCCCCCCUCCCCCCCCCCCCCCCCCCCCGAGUUUGGACGCAACCGCCGCGAGAACGACGCACCCCACGAAGGCGACGAACGCUAAACUGAUGGGCACGAGGGAAUUGGCGGCGUGGAUUAAAGGGCGGCGCAGGCCAGCGUGCGCGCCGAGUUUGUGCCGGAGGCGACCCUGCCCCCCCCCCCGGCGUUGGGCGGCGCAGCGAGAAUCUGGCAAACCGGCGACGAUGCGCCAUGCUGAAGCAAGACAGCCGACUGAGAUUUUCUUUGCUGUCUUUCAACGAAGCCGUGAGUCUCGCCGGUGGUUUUCGUAGUUUGGGAUUUAUUUUUUUACCGCCGUUUUAUUUUUUUUUGUCAGUUAACUCUUAACAUUUGUAAUUUGACUGUUGACACCUGCAUGCAAACAAAUGUCACAGGGUGCUCUCUGAUAGGGUCCUGCAAAAAACUAAAGGGGUGGCUCAAGUGGGAAGUAAUGAAACCCCAGCGGUGAGCGGUGCUGUAGACGCCGUACAGGAUUUUAAGGCCUACCGUGCGAUUCGACGGGUUUGCUUCGUGCCUAGCCGAACGUAGUGCGAAAGAAAAACAAACAAAAAACAUCGAAGCGGGCGAAACUUUUCUUUUCCGUUUCUGUACGCACGCGCGUGCGUAAAGUGUACCUUUUACACGGUAACUGUGCUUGUUCUGCGGAGGUGAAUGAGGGCAACGCUCAUCUCCCCGGCCGCUCGGCACGGCUCGCUGAGUAGCGCUCGGCACCGGAUCGAGCCGUCUCCCUGCUUUCAGCUUUCGACGCUGAAAUACCACCGUGGAGUCGAUGAAAAAGCCUUUCCGUCCUUUGUUGACUCGCUACUUUUACAAACGGUUACUUUUAAACCUUUUUAAUUUUUUUAUAUCACUGUUGUCUUGAUUUCAAACCUUAGGCCAUGACUCCCUUGUCUUCUUCCUGUAUUUUACGUUUUCUUGAUCUCCAAUUUAAAGUGGCUAUGGAGCGGACAUGACCCAUGGUCUCGUUGUAUGGGAAGGCCUUUUUUAGUUUCUGGCCAUUUAUUAUUUUAUUUGUAAUCAUAAAUGCAACGUCUCGUGUUUGAGUUGGGGCUUCCACCUCUAAAAAAAAAAGUGAAAGGCCGCAAACUUCUGGAAUCGUUAAUUUUAAAGUUAGUUUGUAUUUGAAAUAAUUUCCUCGGCUGCGUUGCUGAUGUCAAGAAUCGAAUGUUCGUUUGGUUGAACUUGGCGAUAGAGAAGCACAGGCCUGCAACAUGCUGGGACAAUAACGCAGUGAGGUGUAGCCGAGCAACUUCUACCGUAUCUUGCACGGUAAACCUGGUGCAAAUGAAGCGCAAAUAAUCAACAGCGUAAUGAUUAUCAUAAUCGUUGAUAGUAUAAUCAUGAUCUUCAUCAUUGCCAAAAUGAGAAGUCGUCAUCGCCAUUUGCUCAGUGAUCGUCCUUGCCGUUGUGGUUGUGUCCACCAUAGAUCGGCAGACCUUGGUUCAAUUGACGGAUUGUUUGGCUCUUACAGUUGUUUGAUAAAAUCAAACG